AUGCGACCAAGUCGUCAGAUACAAACUCUCAAUGGCAUUGUUGAAGGAUUCCGAAUAGAUAUCGGUAAUGAUAAGGAGGUAGAUUUGUUUCUUGGAAUCCCAUUCGCAGCACCACCAGUGGGUGAACUACGUUUUAUGAAGCCGCAACCGCCGUCAAAUUGGGAAGGUGUCCGCAAAUGCGUCAACUUUGGUCCUCGAGCCCCCCAAGCGGAUUUCUUUUGGGAGCGCUUUACAUUGGGACGUAAAAGUGAAGAUUGUCUCUAUCUUAACGUCUUCGCACCGACAUGGACACCAGAAGAAAAGGUCAUGGACGGUUACAGCGUGAUGGUGUACGUGCAUGGUGGAGGUUUCCUCAUCGACUCGGCUGUGAGAUGUGGCGAUAAGGGCAUAGCUAAGUACCUCUGUCGUCAUGAUGUUAUUGUUGUGACAAUCCAGUAUCGCCUUGGACUACUAGGAUUUUUCUCGACCGGCGAUGAAGUUUGCGCCGGAAAUCUAGGACUCUGGGAUAUGACAAUGGCUCUGCACUGGGUACAGGAUAACAUUAAAGAAUUCGGUGGCGAUCCAAACCGUGUGACGGUUUUUGGCCAAAGUGCUGGCGGGGCCAGUGUCGAUAUGCUGGCCAUUAGUCCUCACUCAAGAGAACUCUUCCACCAAGUGGUACUAAUGGCUGGAAAUGCAGAAUGUUCUUGGAGUACCGUGAGUCGAUCACAGCUCAUUAAUUCGUGCCGCAAAUUCGCCUAUCAACGUGGUUGGGAUGGUUCCAGUUACGACGUUCAGACAAGCCGAAGUUUGGUCGACUAUCUUCGGCAUCGAAGCGUGAAAGAAUUCGAGAAACGUCUCAUUACAACUAAAGGUGUUGAUGUGUCAAAAAUUGGGCUCGACUUAGCACCUGUCAUUGGUUCCACUCCAGAUGAUUUUCUUCCGAAGACUAUAGAUGAACUACGAAAUGAGGCUCCCAAGAAAAAUGCACUUAUCGGCACAUGCCAGCAUGAAGGGCUUCUUUUUGCAACUCUCUCACCCAAUCAGUUUAACCUGAAAGGGAUCGAGAAGUUAAUAUCGCUUGUGAUCACACCAGAGAAUCAUGAAAAUUUUGAGGAAUUGAGACAACAAGCUCUUAAGUUGUAUACUGAUGAUGUAAACCUGGCUAACAAAGAACAGGUGGCCAGGGCAUACGUCAAGUUGUACAGUGAUCUUUUUGUCAAUAAUGGAACGCACAGUUAUGUGAAAAAAAUGACGGCCUUGUCAAAUCGAGUCUAUCUGUACUCUUUCGAAUUUUUCAACGCACAUAGUUUUAGCAUACUGUCACUUCGGAUGCCUUUUAAAGGUGUUGUCUUGUUUGAUAGCAUGUUUCAUUUGUCAAUACAAGCAAAAUGUUCAUGGAAAAGUCUCCACUUAUGA